UAAAUCAUCAUAAUCAAUCAAACAACUUUAAAAUCUUGAUAAAUUUUACAAGUAUCUUAUCAAAUAUUUUAAAAAAUUAUCAUUUUUUGCCAAUACCUAAACAUCGUCUUUUUUAUUUCUUUAAAUCAUAAAAACAUGAAGGUAGUAUAUUUGAUACUAGUUUUGGCUGUUGUUACACAAGCCUUUAGUGAUGUCACUAGAAACGAAACUGGAAGACAUUGGUUUACGUUGCGAGGAAAAGAAUAUUUCAUUGAAGAAAAUGUUAAGGCCAAUUUCUGGACUGCUGUUCAAUACUGUUACCAUCAUAAUAUGCAGUUGGUAAGUUUAGGAACGCAAGAAGAGAAUGAUGCUCUUUAUAAUGAAGUCGAUCAAUUUCUUGCCGGUCAAGCAGAGUUCUGGUCUUCAGGAAGUAGAAUAGCAAACGAUGAUGACUGGAUUUGGCUUACAACAGGAAGGCCAAUUAAAGUUUUCAACUGGGGCGAUGGAGAACCAAACAACAAGGACAAAAAGGAAAGAUGCAUUUCGCUAUAUUAUAGACAUUAUCAAAAUGGGUGGUGGAACGACGAGAAUUGCGACAAUGAACUUGGGGUUAUAUGCGAAACGAAGUGUCAAGAUUAAAUGAAACAUAUUUUUAUCUUAUUUUAAGUUGAGAGGAGUUAAGUAAAUAUAUGCAAAUAAAUGAAGCAGAGAUUA